AUGCCGUCAAAAGCACCAUUGUCCAAGGCUCAAGAAGAAGAAAUGAGCUCGGCCCUCAUUGCAAAGCUGCUCGCUGAAGACGCUAUGGGUGGUGGAAAUACGGACGACUAUUAUGCCGAGUACAGCAACGAUCAUGCAAGCUAUGAUCAAUAUCAUGGUCGUGAUGAAGAUGACGGUGGAAGCUAUGAGGAGAUGAGUGAUGAUGAUAUGUACGCACCCAGACGAAAGCAAAGCCGUGGCAAAAAAGCAUCCAAUGCAACAGCAGGAAAGCGUGGACGAAAGAGGAAGACUACAGAUACGGCACAAGAGAAGGCACAAGGAUCCAGCGAUCAGACAAAUGACACGAGCACCACUGAUACUGCUGCUGCAACUGAUACGGGGAAAAAGCCAGCUACCAAGAAACCACGGAAGCCUGUGCCAGAAGGAUGUAAUACAGGUGUCUACUCUGAGAAGGAGGAAGCAUUGUUCCUUGAAGGAUUGGAGAAAUUUGGAAGAGAUUGGCACAAGUUGACCGAGCAUAUUGGUACUCGAGAACCCAAUUCGAUUCGAAGCCAUGCACAAAAGUACUUUAUCAAGCUUUACCGUGACAACAUUCCUUUGCCAGCCAAGGUGCGUGAGAGUGGUGAAGGAUACACAUUAUCAGGCAAGCCAUUGGAUCCCGAAUCAGCUGCAGCAAAAGCAUAUCUUGGCCGAUCAUCAGCAUCAUCCUCAGGCCCACGACCUACACAAAAGCAACCUCAGGAACCCUCUUCCGAUCAACAAAGCACUGAACAACAACAACAACAACAACCAGCACAACCUGAAUCAAGCGACAAAUCCGACAACACAGCUAGCAAUCCUGAUCUCAAGAUAGGCGAAUCUUCUGAAAAGAAAGAAAAGGCUCCAUCACCACCACGUGAGAAGAAGAAGGUUGAAAAAAAACCAACACCUGAACCUCGCCCAGCAUCACCUUCACCCUAUGAUGAAAAUGGUCGGACCGAUUAUUCAAAGCGUAAGCUGCGUCGAACACGUGAACGAACAGCUAUCGCAUACAGCCAAUUGAACAAGGAUGAUGAUCCAUUGACGAUGGUCAAGUGCGAGCCAUUCGCAGGCAAACCUGGAUCGGAUAUUGCAGGUUGUCAGCCAUUUGAAUUACAAGUACAUUCCAACGUAUUAUUGGCCAUGGAUUUCCACGCUCAUUUGAUGACUACCGAGAUCAUUGGUUUCCUUGCUGGUGAAUGGGACAAGGAGCAGCGACGCAUGUGCAUCAAGGAAGCGUUUCCAUGCCGAUCAUUAAAUACUGGACAAAACGAUGUGAAUGUGGAAAUGGAUCCUACCAGUGCCAUCGAGACACGACAACGUAUUGAGGAGAAGAACAUGACUGUCGUUGGCUGGUAUCACUCGCAUCCCAUGUUUGCACCUGAUCCAAGCAUUGUCGACCUUGAAAACCAGCAAAACUAUCAGACCCUUUGCAGAGAGAAAUGUGGCGAGAAUGGAAAUCAGACUGUGGAGCCCUUUGUUGGAGCCAUUAUCGGCCCUUAUGAUCCACGACUCCCAGGCUCACUUUCGGUCGUCAAUUGGUUCUAUGUCAGCGACUCUAAAGCGGAUCGUGGUGUACCCAAGCGUUUAAUUUACGAGCUACAAGAAGAUGAAUCGCUUUGUGAGGAGCAAACGGAACGAUUGCUAAACCUCCUUGAAGUAUACAAGGAUUCACCUGAGAAGGUUGACUUUACCGAUAUGUGGCGUCAAGACAUUCACGAGAACAAACUUGAAAAGUUAAUCAAGAGCUUGGGUAUGCGGAUGCCAUGGAUACACAAGGAACAGCCACAGGAUGCCGAACAACAAGUUGACCCGUUCUUGAACAAUGUACGAUCCAAACUCAAGGACUGGUAG